GGGCAUGUCUGUGUGGUUAGGAGCGAUUUAAAAGAAGAGGGUGAGGUGGCAGUUGGAGUGCGAGCAAGCUUCAGCUUCAUCAGAGACACACAUAUGCAAUCUGGAAGCAGGCUCGUGAAACGCAGGGCGAUAUGGCUUUACUAGAAGUGAGCAGCAUUGAAUUUGACUUUGAGAAAAACAACGCGGCUCAUCUCACCAGGGGGGUCAGCAGCAGCACCCCAAUACUGAGAAGAGGCCAGCCCUUCACGAUCACUCUGCACUUGAACAGGGCCUUCCAGGAGCCAAGAGACACCUUGGACCUAAUCACCGAAACAGGACCAUCCCCGUCCGAGGCCUCUGGAACUAGAGCAGUGUUCAGAGUGUCCGGUCCUCCAGUCAAGAGAUCAUGGAGCGCAGCUGUGCAGAACAGUUCCUCCUCCUCAGUGACUCUGUCUGUCACCUCCCCUGCCAACGCCAGCAUCGGCAAAUACUCCUUAAAGAUACAGGCUGCUAAAGGAACUCCUCAGACCUCAGCGCUAGGAGAGUUCAUCCUGCUCUUUAAUCCGUGGUGUGCAGCGGAUUCUGUCUUCCUGGCCAGUGAGGAUGAGCGGCAGGAGUACGUCAUGAGAGAGCACGGCUUUGUGUACCGAGGCACUUCAGAGCAUAUUGAGGCAAUGCCAUGGGACUUUGGACAGUUUGAGGCAGAUAUUGUGCACAUAUGUCUGGAACUGUUAGACGUAAGCCCCAAACACAGAAAAAACCCAGGCCUGGACUGCUCAAGACGGAACGACCCGGUCUACGUGGGCAGGGUGGUGAGUGCAAUGGUGAACUGUGUCGAUGACAGAGGGGUUAUUAACGGCCGAUGGGAUGGGAUGUACUACGAUGGAGUCUCUCCCUCCUGGUGGAACGGCAGCGUGGAUAUCCUUCGGAGGUGGUUCAGCUGCGGCUGCCAGCCGGUCAGCUACGGGCAGUGCUGGGUCUUUGCUGCGGUCAUGUGCACUGUAAUGAGAUGCUUGGGGAUUCCAACACGCCCGGUCACAAAUUACGAUUCUGCCCACGACACGGACGGUAAUCUGACUAUUGAUGAGUUCUACACACUGAGAUAUGGAAUGAAAGUGAAGGAAUCCAGCGACAGCAUGUGGAACUUCCAUGUGUGGGUGGAGUCCUGGAUGGCCCGUCCAGAUUUACCUGCCGGAUAUGAUGGCUGGCAAGUUCUGGACCCCACUCCACAGGAGAAGAGUGAAGGUGUACACUGCUGUGGUCCUGCCCCCCUCAAAGCCAUCCUGGAGGGAGACACAGACCUGAAGUACGACGUCGCCUUCGUGUUUGCGGAGGUCAAUGCUGACAAGGUGUGCUGGGUCGUCAAGCCUGAUGGGACGAUGAUCCGGGACAGCGCUGACAUCAAAACUAUCGGGAAGAACAUCAGCACCAAGGCUGUGGGAAUUACUGAACGGGAGGACAUCACUCAUCUGUACAAAUACCCAGAAGGGUCUGUGAAGGAGAGAGCUGUGUUCGAGAAGGCUCUUCAAAGAGGUAGCAGGAUCUUAAAGAAUAUGCUUGAGCAUUCAGACUCGUGUCAAAUCAGCAAGGGGUUGCAGCUGAAUUUUGUUCAAGAAACCCGCACUGUGAGCGGCAAAGAAAUUGCUGUGACCCUCAUCAUUCUCAACAACAGUGAAACUCCCAAGAGCCUGACCCUCAACCUCAACGCCCAGGUCAUGCUGUACACCGGGAGACCAGCCUGUCAAAUCUGGAGCAGAAGAGUAACAGCAAAGAUCGGCCCCAAUACAGAGACGGAGUUCCCUGUCAGUAUUCCCUACUCUCAGUACGGCAGAGUUCUGCGUCACAAUAACACCGUCAAGCUGACUGCCAUCGCCGUGGAAGACGGCGGCAGCCGUGAGACGAGUUUCACAGAAAAGAAUGUCGUGGUUUCCAGUCCCGAGCUCCUGCUGGGGGUGAACGGAGAUCCUGUCCAGUUCCAGCCCAUGAUGGCUGAGGUAACAUUCUUCAACCCCUUGCUUGAGCCCUUGACUGACUGCACCAUAUCUCUGACUGGGAGUGGCCUUCUGUUCAAAACCAUCGACACUUGCGUGGGCGCACUGGGUCCUCAGCUCAGGAUCAGGCUGCAGAUCCCCUUCACUCCCACCAAGACCGGCUCCAGGAUGCUAACCGUGGGCUUCAACAGCGACCAGUUCUGCGAAGUCAAAGCCUACACCAGCGUGACCAUUAACCCCCCUAAAUAGUGUAAGAGCAGCACUGUUCAGGGUGUGCGCUCGCCCCUGAGCCUUGUUGAAUCAAAGGCAACUACUGUGAAGAAAAUAGCUUUACUAACUGACCCUGUGUUUGGAGUGACAUAAGGUCAUGGUGCCAGCGUGAGAACAUUAACAGGGCAGCAUCACUGGAAAGGAUUGUUACCAUCAGGGAGAGACUGAGACACAAGAAGCUGCAGACUAAGCACUAUUGCACACUGUAAUUAACAAACAAGCAAAUAAACAGGCGCAAGGGCCAGAACAAAAGGUUCAGACAAAACACACAAAAAGAUAAUGAAAAGCGCAGCACAGCACAGCACAGCACACAGCACACAGCACAGCACACAGCACA